AAAUACGCCGUCACCCGGAUCUUUCCCUAGUCAACCAUCUUAUCCUGUUACGGUCUCGGUUGUCCAAUGGUGGAGUUUUCCGGAAACACCGAACACCAGAACAGUCGUAACGAUGUACGUGUCAGGUGGUCGGGUCCUGGAGAGCAGGUCCCAGUUACCAUGGGGACUGUCUACACUGACUGAUUUCUUCUGGGGAGUGGUGGAGUUUAUUGGCCUCUUUUUCAAGACGUUAAUUGACCCUGAUCUGACCAAGGAUGGAAGGGCUAGUACAUCACUGUUCUCUGAUGGCAGAAGUCCUCCUGGUCCCCCUGGUGGCAGAAGACGGAUGGGAAGAAUAAUGCAUGGAGGCGGUCCCAACGCCCCACCGAUGGGUGGAGGAGGAUGAGGAAGGUAA